CUGACUAUAAAAGAAUAGAGAAGGAAGAGCUUCAGUGACCGGCUGCCUGGCUGACUUACAGCAGUCAGACUCUGACAGGAUCAUGGCUAUGAUGGAGGUCCAGGGGGGACCCAGCCUGGGACAGACCUGCGUGCUGAUCGUGGUCUUCACAGUGCUCCUGCAGUCUCUCUGUGUGGCUGUAACUUACGUGUACUUUACCAACGAGCUGAAGCAGUUUGCAGAAAAUGAUUGCCAGAGACUAAUGUCUGGGCAGCAGACAGGGUCAUUGCUGCCAUCUUGAAGUCUACCUUGCUGAGUCUACCUUGCUGAGUCUACCCUGCUGACCUCAAGCCCCAUCAAAGACUGGUUGACCCUGGCCUAGACAACCACCGUGUUUGUAACAGCACCAAGAGCAGUCGCCAUGGAAAUCCACUUUUCAGAACCAAGGGCUUCUGGAGCUGAAGAACAGGCACCCAGUGCAAGAGCUUUCUUUUCAGAGGCACGCAAAUGAAAAUAAUCCCCACACGCUACCUUCUGCCCCCAGUGCCCAGGUGUGGUUAGUUAGAGAAUAUAGCCUCAGCCUAUGAUAUGCUGCAGGAAACUCAUACUUUGAAGUGGAAAGGAUGGGAGGAGGCGGGGGGAGACAUAUCGUAUUAAUUAUCAUUCUUGGAAUAACCACAGCACCUCACGUCAACCCGCCAUGUGUCUAGUCACCAGCAUUGGCCAAGUUCUAUAGGAGAAACUACCAAAAUUCAUGAUGCAAGAAACAUGUGAGGGUGGAGAGAGUGACUGGGGCUUCCUCUCUGGAUUUCUAUUGUUCAGAAAUCAAUAUUUAUGCAUAAAAAGGUCUAGAAAGAGAAACACCAAAAUGACAAUGUGAUCUCUAGAUGGUAUGAUUAUGGGUACUUUUUUUCCAUUUUAUUUUUCUAUAUUUUACAAAUUUUCUACAGGGAAUGUCAUAAAAAUAUCUAUGCUAUCCAUGUAUAAUUUUCAUAUAGAUUGAAAGAACACAGCAUUUUUAUAUAGUCUUAUGAGAAAACAACCAUACUCAAAAUUAUGCACACACACAGUCUGAUCUCACCCCUGUAAACAAGAGAUAUCAUCCAAAGGUUAACUAGGAGGUGAGAACAUAGCUGCUAUUAGUGGUUGUUUUGUUUUGUUUUGUUUUGUUUUGUUUUGUGAUUUACUUAUUUAGUUUUUGGAGGGUUUUUUUUUUUCUUUUAGAAAAGUGUUCUUUACUUUUCCAUGCUUCCCUGCUUGCCUGUGUAUCCUGAAUGUAUCCAGGCUUUAUAAACUCCUGGGUAAUAAUGUAGCUACAUUAACUUGUUAACCUCCCAUCCACUUAUACCCAGGACCUUACUCAAUUUUCCAGGUUCCUUCCACCUCCUCCUGAAAGUAUUUCUGGAAAAUACUCAGAAGGGAUCACAGGCUCUAGCCAGCAAUUGGUGCUAACCUGGGCUAGUCCCUGUGGCACGAGCUCCACCACCACCAUCCAUGUCAAACUCCACCUCAGUUGAUAAGUUUUUGCCUGCUGCCAUUACUGCCUGAUCACAGGCAGCUUUCAACUCUGCACCUUGCCUCUCACAGCUGAAGCCUCCCAUAUUCAGCCAUUUCCUGCUGAGAUAGCUUACAGCUGAUGUGAAGUGAAAAGGCAUACCGCUCCCUCCUUUCUGUGUCAUGCACACCUUUUUGCCCCAACAAGUUACAGAGACUUGUGAGCCUGCUUGUUCAAUGUAAUCAAACCGAAGCUUGGCCAGAGCCAACUCAUACUGAGUGAACUGGGACAGUGUCCAGGGAAAGUUUGCUCUUCCUGGAACCACCCUCGGGCCUUGUGGCUGAUCCCAGUUUCUCGUCUCUUCCUUCUUGAUCCUUUCCCACAGUUUGCUAGACAUGCUCUCAUAUUUCUGAAUCAUAUGUGACUGAGUGCCUUCCUUGGAAAGGUUUUGCAUCUCCCAAGUCAAUUCGAGGUGCAACUGGAUGUUUACAGGUGGGGCAGGCAGGGGCAAGGAAAUGUACCUAAGUCCAUGGCCAGUCAUAUCUCAACUCAGGAGGCCCCAGCUUCACCUCCAACUACAUAUACUACGGGAAUGUUUUUCUCUUGUAAUUUAAAAGAGGAAGACAGAAAAUAAACAUUUGUUUAAAAGUAAAUGAAUGAUCCAUGUCAGCGUGUGUGGAAGAAAUUUAUUAACUCAAGUUUGCACCUUUGCAUUUGAGGGACCUUGGCCAAAUGUCCAAGGGUUACGUGGCUGAGUACAGAACUGUGUGAUUCUAGCUGGGACCUCUCAUAAACAGUUAAGAUAUUUUGAUUUAAAAUGAUAUUGUCUUUCUAUAGGAAGGAGUGAGUCGUCGUUCAAUUUGAUCCUCCCUUCAACCUUUGCAGUACCUUAGUUCAAAUAACAGAUUAAAAUUGUCAUUUUCUCAUUUAUUUCCCCAGGUAGAGUCAAUUCAGCAGAUUUUUUUUUUUUUUUUUGAGACGGAGUCUCGCUCUGUUGCCCAGGCUAGAGUGCAAUGGCACGAUCUCAGCUCACUGCAAGCUCCGCCUCCCGGGUUCACACCAUUCUCCUGCCUCAGCCUCCCAAGUAGCUGGGACUACAGGCGCCCGCCACCACGCCCAGCUAAUUUUUUGUAUUUUUUUAGUAGAGACAGGGUUUCACUGGGUUAGCCAGGAUGGUCUCGAUCUCCUGACUUUGUGAUUCACCCGCCUCGGCCUCCCAGAGUGCUGGGAUUAUAGUCAUGAGCCACCGCGCCUGGCCAAUUCAGCAGAUUUUUUCAGGGAAAUAACGUCUCUUCCAUCCCACUUGUUAAAACAAAACAAAACAGAAGAGAAGAAAUGAGCAAAGCAAACAAACAAACAAAACCCUUCUGGCUUUGUUUGGACCUUCUGUUUCCUGUUUUUCUCAAUUAAACAAUUGUCAGCCUGAAGAGUUCUGGGUGGUUUGGGAUGGGGUGUGUGUGGGUGUGUGUGUGUGUUUAUAACAUCAAGCAAGGAUUUGUUGAUGAGGGUGAGGAGCUCGUUGAUAAUGAUCUGACUAUUGCCAUUGUUUACUUUCAAUCAGAAACAGGGAGAAAACCUUCAAAGAGUGUUUGAAGUCUCUACCAAUAAAUCCCUAGUUAGUGUAAACAUUUAAUGAGACAGCAUUCAGAUUUCUAGCGGCAACAUGGUCCAGAUUCUGCCAGGCAGAGGAGUAGAAAUCAGAUCAGUAACUAGAAUCUACUUAGCUAGCCACAGCUCAGAUCUAGAAACAGAACAUGACCCCCUCCCAAAUGACUUGGCUGUUUUUUAUUUAAAAAUGUAAACUGACUCCACUACCGACCUUGUAUCUAGGUAGGUUUUCAGCUUCAAAAUGGGAUACAUACCAUGGCAGAACUGGAAGAGACCUCAGAAUCACCAUAGUGAACCGGCUCAAAACUAUGAACAGACACAGGAGAAUGGAAGCAACUUGUCAAGAAAAGCACAGCUGUUUAGUAAGGGAGGCAGGGAAGGACACUGUGACUCCAGAUGCCUGAAGCACACCUGCAUCCUUUCCACCAUAUCCAGUUGCUUACUUUUAUUCUUUUCUUUUUUUUUUUUUUUAAGGACAAAGGAGAGCAUGCUUACUUUUAUUUCAAACAGGAACUUACUCAAUAUGCCAAAACUUCUCUAAGUCUAUCAGUUUCUGUUGUCUUAACUUCCAAAUGAACAAAAAUAAAAAGCACUUAUGCAAAAUAUUGUGUUAUAUUCCAUCUCAA